AUGGCUAACAUGAAGCUACUGGCCGUGCUCGCCGUCUUGCAGUUACUGUCACUCCACCUCCACGUCCAUGGCGUCUCCGCGUCCGCCGUCAGCAGCGCACACAAGCCCACACAACCGAGGGGCGGCGGCAAAUGCCACAUCAGUGGCUUCCUGCACGGCGUAGCCGGCAAAUGCAACAGGGAGCACGGCUCGGACUGCUGCGUGGCCGGCCACCGCUACCCGCAGUUCAAGUGCUCGCCCCCGGUGUCGGCCGAGACGCCGGCGAUCCUGACGCUGAACAGCUUCGCGGCGGGCGGGGACGGCGGCGGCAAGUCCUUCUGCGACAACCGCUUCCACAAGGACAGCGAGCUGGUGGUGGCGCUGUCCACGGGGUGGCUGCGCCUUGACGGCACCCGCAGGUGCAACAAGAUGAUCCGCAUCAACGGGAACGGGCGGUUCGCGCUGGCCAAGGUCGUCGACGAGUGUGACUCGGUGAACGGCUGCGACGCGGAGCACAACUUCGAGCCGCCGUGCCCCAACAACGACGUGGACGGGUCGCCGGCCGUGUGGAAGGCGCUGGGGCUCAACGAGGACAUUGGAGAGUUCAAGGUCACUUGGUCUGAUGUGUGA